GUCAGACAAGCUGAGUCGGCAGCCGUGGGGUCGGUGCGGUACAAAGCAGCGGGCAGAGAAUGGUCGGGUCACAUGCCAGGGGUCAGAACAGGAGAGUACAGCACAGUCAGGAACAAUCCGGGUCAGCAACUUAUCAGAAACACAGGUACACAGGUUCCGGAACACAGGGAGACCAAACGGCAACCAGUGACAGCUCAGGGGGGAUUUAAAUAUCGCUCCCAGCGCUGUCAUUGGCGCCAGGCGCGCACCCGUGGACCCUAGUGCACAUGCGCGAGCUACGUCGCCACGGCUGGCCAGGACCCGGUGCCCGCAUCCCCGUACAAGACGGUGCACUGCGCCUGUGCCGGGACCAGCUCCGCGGCGAUCUCUG